AUGUGCAGACGGGAGGCGGAAGGCGCCGAUGCCAACAUGGACAUCAGUAAAGGCAGAGAAGUGCUGCCAAAGAACGUCAAGCCGCUGCACUACAAUGUCACACUUGAUCCUGACUUCAAGAGCUUCAAGUACACCGGCACGGUGGAGAUCGAGCUGGCCGUAGUCGAGGACACCGAGUCGAUAUCGGUGAACGCUCUAGAGCUGGACAUCACAGAGACGAAGCUUGUCAAGACCUCAGAUGGCAGCGUCAUCGCCGCCUCGCCAACUCUCAGUCAUGACGAAGACUCGCAAACGACCAAGAUCGACCUUCACCAUACCGUGCCCGCAAACAGCAAGGUGACUCUCGUUCAAAAGUUCAUCGGCACACUGAACGACAAUAUGGCUGGCUUCUACCGAUCAUCCUACAAGGGAGCCGACGGCAAGGAUGCAUACAUCGCAACAACACAAAUGGAGCCUACCGACUGUCGGAGGGCGUUCCCAUGCUUCGACGAGCCAGCACUGAAGGCCACCUUCACUGUGACAUUAGUUGCGGACAAGAAGCUUACUUGUCUUAGUAACAUGGAUGUCGCCAACGAGAAGGAGAUGGACAACGGUCGAAAGGCCGUCACGUUCAACAAGACACCGCUCAUGUCCACUUACCUGCUGGCAUUCAUCGUCGGUGAGCUGCAAGUGCAUGAGAUAAACUCUUUCCGUGUUCCAGUGCGCGUUUUCUGCACCCCAGACAAGGACAUCACACAUGGCCACUUCUCCGCGGAUCUAGCAGCCCGGACGCUGAAAUUCUACGAAGAACAAUUCGACAGCGCAUUCCCGCUUCCAAAGAUGGACAUGGUAGCCAUUCCGGAUUUCUCGGCAGGCGCUAUGGAGAACUGGGGCCUGGUCACCUAUCGUGUAGUAGAUCUCCUGCUUGACGAGAAGAAUGUCAGUGCAUCGACAAAGCAACGUGUCGCAGAAGUCGUUCAGCACGAGCUUGCUCACCAGUGGUUCGGCAACUUGGUGACCAUGGACUUCUGGGAUGGCCUGUGGUUGAACGAAGGCUUCGCUACCUGGAUGUCCUGGUACAGCUGUAACAUCUUCUAUCCAGAAUGGAAGGUCUGGGAAGGCUACGUCACAGACAAUCUCCAAUCCGCCCUUGGCCUUGACUCGCUGCGAAGCUCUCAUCCGAUCGAGGUGCCCGUCAAGCGGGCUGAUGAAAUCAACCAGAUCUUCGAUGCUAUCUCCUACUCCAAGGGUUCGUGUGUCCUGCGCAUGAUUUCUAAGCACCUCGGCGAGAGUGUCUUCAUGGAGGGCAUAAGACGGUACCUCAAGAAGCACGCAUACGGCAACACCACCACAGGCGAUCUCUGGGCAGCGCUUAGUGACGCUAGCGGGAAAGAUGUGGAGCGCGUUGCCGACAUCUGGACGAAGAACAUCGGCUUUCCGGUCGUCACUGUGACCGAAGACGCCAAGAACAGCUCCAUCCACGUUAAGCAGAAUCGGUUCCUGAGAACAGCUGAUGUCAAGCCAGAGGAAGACCAGGUUCUCUAUCCGGUGUUUCUCGGCCUCCGUACUAAGAAGGGCGUGGACGAGGAGCUCACUCUGAACCAGCGCGAGAGCGACUUCAAGGUCCCAGACCUUGACUUCUUCAAGCUGAACGCUGACCACUCUGGUAUUUACCGCACUUCGUACCAGCCAGAGCGACUCAAGAAGCUGGGUGAGAACGCUAAGGCUGGCCUGCUGACCGUAGAGGAUCGAGCUGGCAUGAUCGCAGAUGCGGGUGCGCUGUCCGCUGCUGGCUACCAGAAGACGGAUGGUCUGCUUUCGUUGGUCAAGGGCUUUGACACCGAACCUGACUUUGUCGUAUGGGAUGAACUUGCUGCUCGUGUAGGCUCGGUCAGAUCUGCAUGGAUUUUCGAGGACCAAAAGGUCAAGGACGCCCUCAAAGCGUUUGCGCGCGACUUGUAUAGCAAGAAGGCGCACGAGCUUGGCUGGGAGUUCAGUGAUAAGGACGGCCACAUCGAGCAGCAGUUCAAGUCCUUGAUGUUUGGCACCGCCGCCUCUGCAGGUGAUGAGAAGACUAAGAAGGCCGCUUUCGACAUGUUCGAGAAGUUCGUCGCCGGCGAUCGUGCUGCCAUUCACCCCAAUCUCCGCUCCUCGGUCUAUGGUGUCGUCCUCUCCAACGGAGGCAAGAAGGAAUACGAUGCACUCGUAAAAGAGUACGAGACUGCCUCGUCAAGUGAUGAGCGCAACGCUGCGCUUCGCUCGCUUGGUCGCGCUCGUGACCCUGAACUGAUCCAACGCACCCUGGCCUACUCUCUCAGCAAGCACGUCAAGGAGCAAGACAUUUACCUGCCUCUUGCCGGACUUCGGGCUCAUCGUGAGGGCAUCGAAGCAUUCUGGGCGUGGAUGAAGGAGAAUUGGGACACCCUCAGGCAGAAGCUGCCACCUUCAUUCACUCUGCUGGGCUCAGUUGUCUCUAUGGCAACAUCCUCCUUCACCAAGCAGGAGCAGCUCGACGACGUCAACAAGUUCUUCGAGGGCAGGAGCACCAAGGGUUUCGAUCGCAACUUGGCGCAGUCCAACGAUGCCGUCAAGGCCAAGAUCGGCUGGCUGGAGCGUGAUUCUGCGUCCGUCACUGCAUGGCUCAAGGAAAACAAGUAUCUGUAA